UGCGGUUUUCUUCGCAACUAUUGGUAGGCCUGCGUUGAGCAACUCGGUGACACUCCGAAAAUUAAAUGCCCGUGACGUUCGGAAUAUGCCAGAAAGUUCCGGGACACAAGUGAAGUACUGAGAAGUUUCUUCACUGCCGUGUCGACAAGCCAACUCUUGAGAGUGUCGGGGAAAAUUCGCGGAAAACAGAGCAGAAAAUCAUGUGUGCGGCAAAGACGGAGCUGAAGCCCUUCGGGGAGGAUGAGUACGGCCGGAAGAUUGAUCGGUGCCUCACAGAUGUGCUAGUCAAGUCAGCUGGUGGCCUUGCACUAGGAGCGGUAUUUUCCCUGCUUUUCUUCAAGCGGAGGCGUUGGCCGCUGGUUCUGGGCACGGGCUUCGGCACAGGCGUCGCAUACACGCGCUGCGAAAAGGACCUCAACUCAGCGUCAUCCUAGUUCGCGAAGCGCCCAAAAAUCCUCCUGACCGGUGAGAAAAGUUAUAAAUAAAAGGGCAUUCCUGCCCAGGAAUGGAAGAGCGCCUGAUUUAGUGAAAGAGAGAAACAGUCAUUAAAGAAGAAUAUUCAGUUAA